GAUAAUUGCAAUUACUGUUAUUAUCUUUUCUGCGUUACGACGGAUUGUUGGUUUUUUUUUUUUUUUUUUUUGGGUGUAGUUCAAUCGAUGUUUCGAUUCCAGAAAACCCAUCGCGAAACGACCCAAUAAUCAAAACUUAAAGUUGGUAUUUAGUAGUUUUUAGUGAUUAGGUUUAUUAUUAUUAUUAUAGCUUUCCUAAUGUUGUUAGUUUCAGGCAGUGGACCAUGUUCUAGGACUCUCUUGUAAAGUAUAUUAGGGCAUUUAGGAUUUGGUGUGUUAUAAGAUAGCAAGACAAAAGAUAGAGAAAUAGUGAGGGUUUGGGGGUUGAAUCUUGUAAUCUUCUUUAUUUUCACAUAGUGAAAUCUUGUAUUCUUUGUGUGGUGGGUGUUUACUUUUCUGUGGAUUUCUUAAUUAAGUUUUUGGUUGUGUGGCGUGUGUUUACUUUUUUUUGUCGAUUUCUUGAUUAAGUUUUUGGUUGUGUGGUGUGUGUUUACUUUUCUAUCGAUUUUAUGAUUAAGUUUUUGGUUAUAACAAUUUCUGAUAGGUUUUCUUACAGGGCAAAUUGGGUUUGUUAGUUUCAAAUAGGAAAAAAAUUACAUUAUCUACUAUUUGGAUCAACGAGGAAAAAGGAUCCAUAGAGACACUCAUCAAUCAAUUCAAACACUUGAGAAUCGGGUACCAUUUUUAUGGGCGGGGGAGUCUGCAUCAGAAAGAAACAAGUAGCUGCCAAAUUGAUACCAUAAUCAGGUAGCAAGCUUUUGGAUAAUUGAUGGCACCCAAUCCAAAAGUUGCAAAGGCCUUCAGUGCAAUGAAUGACUUGGGCAUUUCUGCAGAAACCGUGAAACCAGUUCUCAAGAACCUUCUUAGAUUGUAUGACAAAAGAUGGGAACUUAUUGAGGAGGAUAACUAUCGUACUCUUGCUGAUGCUAUAUUUGAAUCCGGGGAUGAUAAGCAAAGGGAAUAUGAGAGGAAAGACGUUAUGGUGCAUCAUGGGUCAGAACCUCCAUUUAAGAAACUGCAUGUGGCACAGCAGGAAGAUCAGGUUUCAUCCACAGUGGACAAUGCAAACACAAUGUUAGAUCUAGAUGAGGACAAUAUAUCACAAACUUCAAUUCUACCAAAACUGCAGGAGUUAUCUCAAUCAUGUCUGAAAGACCAGAGAAGUAUAUCUAGUUCUCAUUUGCUUCAGCCACCCAUUAAUGACAAAGGGAAGGAUCCCAUUUCAUCUCACUUUGUUCCCAGUAAUAGGAAAUCAUCUUUUGAUAGAGCAUCAUCUACAUUUCUGUCUAAUCCAGCAAUGGAUGGACUUGGUUAUGAUCAUAUUCGGAAAGAAAAGAUGCCUAAAGAUAAUCGUCCACAUUUUGCAGUACCCACAUCGAUGAUCCAUUCAGGUUCGUUGGAGGGUUCUUCAACUGUAGUUGAUUCUGUCAAAUAUUUUAUGACCCAAAAUGCGGAUAAUGGCAAUAAAGUUGAUGGCACAGCAGCCAAUUAUGGCACAGACUCUGAAGGUAGUUUUGAUAUUGCUUCAUCACCAUUUGGAGAGGUGAAAGUGAAACUAUAUUUGGACUGUAAUUCUGCCCUUGGACAACCGAAUUUUCACUGUCCAAAUUUUGAUGCAGUUGUGAAAUACGUGGAGAAUAAAUAUCUAAGAUCGUACAAGAUUGUUGGGCCUCAAUUUUCAGUAAUGAAGUUAUUGAAAGAACUAUGUGAAAGUUAUUUGGAACUGGGUACUGAUUCUGCUGAUAGGUUUCUUGUAAAAAGAUCUGGUGAUUGUGAUGGACGCAUUCGGGAGCACAGCAGAGAAAUUCUUAGAACUGGUAGUUUGGGGAGGGAAUUGAACAAAAAGGAAUUGAGCUUUUCUGGAUCUUCAAGUUCACGUAGUUUGGUGAUUGCUGAGCAGCAACCUACAGCUCAUGGUAAAAAGCGGUCCUUUCGUAGAAUCAGUGAUAUGGCAAAAGGUAUGGAAAAGGUGAAAAUUUCAUUGAUAGAUGAAAUCGGCAAUGAGCAUGUACCAAAUUUCAUUUACAUACCCCAAAAUACAAUAUAUCAAAAUGCAUAUAUACAUUUCUCUCUGGCUCGUAUUGCGGAUGAGGAUUGCUGUUCAGAUUGUUCAGGGGAUUGUCUUUCAUUUUCUGUACCUUGUGCAUGUGCUCGCGACACGGGGGGAGAGUUUGCCUACACACCCCAAGGCUUGCUGAAAGAAGAAUUUCUGACUGCUUGUAUUUCUAUGAAUCAAGAACCUCAAAAACACUAUAACUUUUAUUGUGAAGAUUGCCCACUAGAGAGGGCUAAGAAUGGGUACAGGCCUGAACCAUGUAAGGGCCAUUUAGUGAGGAAGUUUAUCAAAGAGUGCUGGAGAAAAUGUGGUUGCAACUUACAGUGUGGGAAUCGUGUUGUACAGCGAGGCAUUGCCUGCAAUUUGCAGGUGUUUUUAACCAAUGAUGGUAAAGGAUGGGGUCUUCGAACACUUGAGGAAUUGCCUAAAGGUGCUUUUGUCUGUGAAUAUGUUGGAGAAAUUUUGACCAACAUGGAAUUGUACGAGAGGAAUAACCAAAGCAGUGGCAAUUUGAGACAUACAUACCCUGUGCUACUUGAUGCAGAUUGGGGUUCGGAAGGAGUUUUAAAGGAUGAAGAUGCACUUUGUUUGGAUGCAACAUAUUAUGGAAAUGUUGCAAGAUUUAUAAAUCAUAGAUGCUUUGAUGGAAACUUGCUUGAGAUUCCAGUAGAAGUGGAGACCCCCGAUCACCACUAUUACCAUCUUGCCUUUUUCACUAAAAGAAAAGUGGAUGCUUUGGAGGAACUGACAUGGGAUUAUGGGAUUGACUUUGAUGAUCAUAAUCAUCCUAUUAAAGCGUUUCAGUGUUGCUGUGGAAGUGCAUUCUGCCGAAGCAGAAAAAAAUGGAACUAAUUCAAGUGUCAGAGACUCACACCACUUAGACAACCAACUGGUUGGAUAAUCAAACCUCAAACAAGUUGAAUUCUUGUUCUUUUACAGAGCUUGGUAGAAUGAAUUAUUGAGCGUCAAAGCUGCCUUGUUUGCAAUGUCAAGGCAUAUGAUACAGAACAGAGGAAUUCAGCAAGAAUUUUGUAAGCCAAACCUGUGCAGAGGCCAUUUUUGGGGACAUUAUCACAUAAAGAUUUUUGUAGAAUCAAUGGAUAUGAUGUAGGCAUUUGAAUCAGCUGGUUGACUAUUGUUUUUCGUUUUUUCUUUUCUACAUUUUAGAUCCUCCACAGAAAUGAACUUUUAGUCGGAUAAUGUUUCGGAAGCUAUGAAGCUAAGACUAGUUCGAGCCUCCCUUGUUUUGUUGUUUGUACAAUCAAACUUGAGUUUUGUAGCAAUUAUCAAAAAAGAAGUGGGAAAAAGGACCCCCAAAAAAAAAAAAAAAAUAGUUAGUAAAUUUCUGGUGUAUGAUCUAUCUAUAGUGAUGAACAAGCAUGUUUAAAAAUGACCAGAAAAUUAACAAAUGUGCUGAAAAUUAGUUCUUUUGAUAUAUA